AACUGCAUGCGCAAUUAAAUUAAAACCCAUAAAUUGAGACACUCGGAGUAAUUUAUCUUGUCUUAAAGCUACUAAACUGCAAAUAAUUUGACUCAAAGUCUUCUCCUUUUCUAAUUUUCUCUUGAUUAAAAAUGCGCAUUUAUUUCCCUCCAACUCAAAGGCUAUAUUGGCAGUUAUUGCAACGGCCACUACCAAAGAGGUGAACUUGAAUUCCCCAGUGGGCAUAAAUGCGCUUAAAGAACUUGUCACUACAGGAACUCAAACCUCUCUUAUUGGGAUGUAAACAUAGUGCAUUGAUUUCUCAAAUCCACGCUGUUAUGGUAUCAUCAGGACUAUUUUCGCAUGGAAAUACCAGUGCCCAAUUAAUAUCAUCAUAUGGCAAAGUAGGUGAUCUCGAAUCUGCCCACAAAUUGUUCGAUAAAAUUCCCCUAAGGAGAGUAGAUUCUUGUAAUGCAAUGAUCAUUGCCUAUUCAAAAAAUGAGCUCCCUAUUGAGGUUGUAAAUGUUUAUAAUCAAAUGGUUCUUGAAGGUGUCAAACCUGAUAGCUCAACUUUUACUGUGGCACUUAAGGCGUGUUCGAUAUUGCAGGAUUUGGAAAAGGGUGAUGAGAUUUGGGAAAAGGUGGUUGAGUGUGGGUAUAAAAAUGAUGUCUUUGUUGGGUCCUCUGUUUUGAACCUGUAUGCAAAAUGCGGAAAGAUGGAUAAAGCAGCAUCUGUAUUUGAGAAGAUGCAGAGGAGGGAUAUUGUCUGUUGGACUACGAUGAUAACGGGUUUCAUACAGAGUGGAAAAGAGAUAGAGGCUGUGGAUAUGUAUCGGAGGAUGCAAAAGGAAGGCAUGGUCGGUGAUGGUGUUGUUAUGUUAGGUUUGAUGCAGGCUUCUGCUAAUAUCGCAGACACAAAAUUGGGUUCAUCAGUUCAUGGCCAUAUGAUCCGGAGAGCCCUUCCUAUGGAUGUCAAUAUGCUGACUAGUCUUGUUAAUAUGUAUGCCAAGAAUGGAGAGUUGGAGACAGCUACUCAUGUAUUCCAAAAAAUGCCCUGUAAGAAUACUGUUACUUGGAGUGCUUUGAUUUCUGGCUAUGCUCAAAAUGGCUUUGCUGUUAAUGCUCUUCAGCUGUUAAUACAGAUGCAACUGUUAGGAUUCUCUCCUGAUGGAGCUUCACUUGUAAGUGCACUUCUAGCAUGUUCUGACGUUGGCUCUUUAAGAUUCGGUAGAUCAAUCCAUGGUUAUGUUGCCAGGAAAGUCGUUAUGGACCAAGUUUUAAUUACUGCAUUGAUUGAUAUGUACGCUAAAUGUGGGCUUAUUUAUUGCGCCCGUGCCCUUUACGACCGCAUCAGUUCUAAGGACUUGAUAUGUUGGAAUACUAUUAUAGCAUGCUAUGGGAUCCAUGGGCAUGGAAGAGAGGCGCUUACCCUUUUUCAGCGGAUGAAGGACAAGAUAGAACCAGAUCAUGCGACUUUUGCUGCUCUCCUUUCAGCUUUGAGUCACUCGGGAUUAGUGGAGGAAGGCCGGCGUUGGUUUGACAUCAUGGUUAAUGAAUACAAAAUUAAACCUUCUGAGAAGCAUUAUGCUUGUUCAGUUGAUCUUUUGGCUCGAGCUGGUGAAGUUGAAGAAGCUAAAGAUCUCAUCAUUUCUAUGGAAACUAAACCUGGGCUUGCUGUUUGGGUUGCCCUUCUAUCUGGUUGCCACAAGCAUAAGAAAUUUUCCAUUGGAGAAUUGGCAGCAAACAGGGUACUUGAAUUAAUUCCAGAGAACGCAGGUACUUACAUAUUAGUAGCAAAUUUCUUUGCAGCAGCAAAAAUGUGGGACAAAGCAGCUGCUGUGAGGAAGCUUAUGAAAAAGGCAGGGAUGACAAAAGUUCCUGGCUACAGUGCUGUAGAGGUAAAAGGGAGACUCCAUGCUUUUCUUAUGGAUGAUACAAGUCACCCUCAAUAUGAACAGAUAAUGGGACUUCUAUGCAAUCUGGAGAAAGAGAUGAAAGCUAUGGUCUAUGUCCCAAAGACUGAGUUUGUUCUGCAGAAUCUUGAAGAAGAUGUCAAAGUGAAAAUGUUGUGUAAUCAUAGUGAAAGACUUGCCAUUGCUUUUGGGCUCUUAAACACCACACCAGGAACCAGAUUGCUUAUCACAAAGAACCUGAGGGUCUGUGGUGACUGCCAUGAAGUAACAAAGUUUAUCUCUGUAAUAGUAAAAAGAGAGAUUAUUGUAAGGGAUGUUAAACGAUUUCAUUACUUUAAGGAUGGAACAUGUUCCUGUGGUGACUACUGGUGACACGUCUUUCCAUGUAAAGAUCUAUCAUCCUGUGAGAUACUGAAUAAAAACGAAGGAUAUGAGGAAAAUGUAUUUGUUGCUACCUCGGCUUCAAUAAGAGAUCCUUCACCUAAAAGCUUACACUGGUAUCUUUAGGAUGUAGACUGCUACAUCUGGUGGAUGAGCAGAAGGAUGCUUUUCCUGUUUCCCCGAGUCCUGGAAUUUUUUGGGGCCACAUUGAAUAUUAGGAGUCAUCUGCACUUGUGUCUUAAAAUUUCUCCUGGUGGUGCACUGACACUGGAUGUUCAAGCACCAUUAUUGCUAUAUAGAUGAAUAUACGUGUGCAUCAUACACUUCUCCUCUAGAGAGGCAACCCGAUGAAAAUUUGUAUCAAGCUUCCAAGAAGGUGCUAAAUAGUAUUUUGAAGAAUCAACUGCUCGUUUCUCCUGCAAGUUCCAUCAAAGCGACAAAAUUUAAAUGCAUGGGUCACUAACAAAGAUACUCUUUAAUGUAAAGUUUUUUUUCUCAUGACUGCUAAAUGUAAAGAUUGAUUUGUUCUUUGGAGUUGGCAGAUUGAUUCUCUUCUUGAUUAAGAGCUGUACUGGAGUUUGAAAUUUGACGUCCAGGCUCCAGCAGAAAGAGUGGACUUCCAUUUUUAUGUUUGGUAGCAAUACGUGGAAUGUGGUCAAGCACUUGCGACAAAAUUCGAUGGGCAUACUCCAAAAGGUUUCCUACUUUUCUUCUUUCAUACAUAGUUUUGGCACAAAAUUGGUCAGGCAUUUUAGAUUGUGUCCCAGGUGGUUAUACUUCUACUGUCUCUGUACGAGAUCACUUACGUUGUCAAAAUUUAUUUUCUUUAUGGUGUGUUUGGUGAAGGAAAAUGUAUUCCAAGAAAAUAAGUGGGUUUCUUAAUUUCCUGUGUUCCGUACAUACUUAAGCAAAAAUAUUAUUCUAAAAUUAUUUGU